ACAUGCAGGAGGGACAGAGGCAGGCAGCUGGGCCCCCACUCUGCCCCGCGCUACCGGCCGCCCGCACGCCAGUUUGCCGUUGAGCGUCUGUAGCGACGCAGGCAUUUCGUUAUGAAAACGUCGUGAUCGGCGUUGUUCGCGUCGGUUUCACAUCUAGUGUGCCUUUGUUUAGUGCUCAUUGACAGUGUAAUUGGUGUUAUUACAAUGGUGAAGAUGUCGUCUGUACGACAUGGCGACGCGUAGUUGACAUGUCGCUGAGCGCGCCCGUCCAGGCGGUGCGCGGGACUAGGACCAAUAGCCUCGACCAACUUGAUUUUCAGGAGCGCAGGCAACUGAUUGCGAGCUCUUUAUCUCUUACUGAUUUCUUACAUGUCGGGGCAAAGGAGGUUGCAGCAGUUGCCGCAAAGAAACAAAAUGGUUCUGCGGUACGCACGAACAGUCUGGGGUCGGGCGCGCGCACGCCUCCGGCUGAACGAACUAAGUCCAAGUUCUCGGCUUUUGGUAGACUAUUCAAACCUUGGAAGUGGAAACGGAAAAAGAAAUCAGAAAAGUUCGAAGCUGCAUCUAGAACCUUAGAGAGGAAGAUAUCCGUCCGAGCGAAUAGAGAUGAGCUGGUGCAAAAAGGUAUCCUCUUGCCAGAGAGCCCGGUCACGCCUGUUCCCGAAGUCGAUGAACCACUGUCUCCACCGAGCGGCGCUGAGGAGGCGCGGAGCGAGGUGAGCGCUGCUCAAGCGGCCCAGGACCGGCUGGUGGGCAUGCACGCGGCGCUGCAGGCUCAGCUCGCGUCGCAGCUGCAGCAGCAGCAUCAGCAGGCAGCCAUGGCGGCCGCCGUCGCCGCUGCCGCCGCCGCGCAUCACCACCAUCAAAACAAUAAUGUCAUAGAACCAAAGAAGGACAAAUUGGAAAAUGGUGGCGAGCUUAUGAGGCCUGAGCGACCCAACUCCUUGACCGGCAAGAUCCCACGACGAAUAUGCUAUCAAGGAGAUGUUGUGGGUGGUUACGGGUCGACGGGCGACGGCGGCGGGCACGGCGGCCACGGGCACGGCGACGCGGAGGAACAGCUCAUGCUGUCGGAGCUGCCGGAGCCCCCCAUCGCGCUGUCCGAGAUCGGGCCCAUACCACCCCCACCCAUGUUCAGUUCACCCAGCCCCACGCGCCACCACCACCAGCACCAGCAUGCGCACGCGCACGCCCAACACCCCCUCGCUCAACAUCCUCUCUCUGACUGUAAGCAUCAACCUUCCGAUUCUAUUCGCAUACAAGUUACCACGGCCGAAGAGGAGGACGAACAGGAGGACGACGAAGUCGAGCCACUGAACCUCGGUGCGGACACGUCCCGCGUCGAGGAGAUUCCGCCUAAGGAGCCCAUUUUCAACGCGGUGCCGCUCAAGUCCGCGCUCAAGAAGCGGCCCGCGCCCGCCGCCUCCCCCUCCGGCACCCCGCUCGCCACGCCCCUCGCGCCGCGCCAGGACCAUCACCAUACCAGCUUCAAGCGGCCGCCGCCCAAACCGAGGAUCCGCAUAUGCACGCGGCCGGUGCGCGUGGGCAACGGUCUUGAGAACAAGGAGAACGCGCGGCCGUGGGAGGAGUACGAAGGAUCCAACGAGUCUGACCGCGUGGCUGCCAAGCUGGCCCGCAAGGAGAGCCUCAACAUCAAGCUAGCGCUGCGCCCUGACCGCCAGGAACUUAUCAACAGGAACAUCUUGGUGGUGCAGAGCGAGCACGAGCGUCAGGAGUCGUGGGAGGCCAUCGGCGCGCGCCUCAUCCGCCGCCUGUCCAUGCGGCCCACCGCCGAGGAGCUCGUCGAGAGGAACAUACUCAAAAGCCAGUCACCCGCCGAAGAGAAGAAGCAGAAGGAAGAGAAAAAGCGAUACCUGUUGCGCAAGCUCAGCUUCCGACCCACUGUCGACGAACUCAAGGAGAAGAAGAUCAUCCGCUUCAGCGAUUACAUCGAAGUUACGCAGGCUCAUGAUUACGACCGGCGCGCGGACAAGCCGUGGACCCGCCUGACUCCGCGCGACAAGGCGGCCAUCAGGCGGGAACUCAACGAAUUUAAGAGCUCCGAGAUGGCUGUGCACGAGGAAAGCAAGCAUCUUACCAGAUUCCACAGACCAUGACGGCUGUGCCUUAGAGCCGGAGCUGGAGGCGGCGCGAGGCGCGGGUGCCGCGGUUGACGCGGCGAGUGCACGAGUUCACGACCACGGCCCGUGGCCGCACCUGUGAUUUAUAACGUUAUUUAUAUUGACUUCUUCCGUUUUCUGGAAGAUUCGUAUGCAAUAACUUACCAGAACCCAUCGGUAAAGUGUUGAAUAUUCUAAACUUACGUUCUGACGUUACGUUUUGUACAUGCGUACCGAGAGUGCAAUUUUGUUUUUUAAUUUACCUACUAUCGUAUCGUAGUUAUUGCCGAGUACAAUUAUUGUCAUUAUGGUAUCGUUUAUUAUAAUUAAGUUGACGUAUUCUAAGCAUAACUAUACAUUCUUUGAAUUGACCUUCGAGAAAGGUUAGUGAUACUGUUUAUUGUGGUGGAGAUUAUGCGCUUUCAAACUAUGUGAAUUGUAUGUAACGUUUACAAGUGAAUUAUUUUGAUAUGUGAGACGUAUCCGACAUAUUGUAUUUUUUGUAUACUUGUGAUUUUUCUUAUAUUGCUAGCUCUUAGCUCCGUAGUCGUUAAGCUAGAUUUCAUCUUUUAACUAUUUAUUUGGCAUAAAAUUUUUACUGUAUUAUGUUACGGUCACAAAUUAUUAUUUUCUUUGUGUGUCGUAUUUUAAGGUAGACUCGAUCACAAUACAAGUAUUCGCCGAGAGCGGCGCUAAAUGCAAUGUUUUAUAAUAAGUACAGACCUUUUAUACUUCCUCGAUGCAAAGUUCAAUAAAUCGUUCUGAGACAAAUUUACAAGUUGGCAUUUCUUUGAUGUUAGUGUUUGGAGAUACUGCCAUAGAGUUUCAAUAUUCGUUUUUACAUUUGUAGUGAUUUUGGAAUGGUAUUAUUUGUAUUCUCGUCACUGACUGGUUUCCAAUGAGAUUUUGUUGAGAUGUGUGAUUUUAGGUGUUAUAUUGGUUAAACAAAUUGACUCUAGCGUGUCUGCGAUAGGUAACUUCUUUGGAAUGAUUAUUUGAUGUUUUUAAAGUGCUUCCAAAUACCUGUGUGAAAAGUAACAUUGCGAUAAAUUCGCACCAACAUUAGUGCUAUUCGUUGGUCAUCCGUUACACGUGUCGUGUUUAUUUGCUCAAUCGUAGCCAAACGCUAAAUUGUAUACUACUGCCACUAAUAUAUCACCUAUUAUCUCCCGAAGUUACAUUUUAAUAUUAAUUCCUGUAAUGUUUACUUGGUAUCAUUAUGAAACAAGACAUAGUUUGACAGAUAUACAUAUGUAUGUAUGAAUUGUAGUAAAUAUAAUUUACUGAAUAUGUAAUAAAUAAUUUAAUUAAAACGUAUGUACGCAACAAUAGCAAAACCAUAGUUGACCAUCAGAACAGAGCAAUUAGUUUGUGAUUAUUCGAUAAGACUUCUGGUCCAGUUAUGAGAUUCCUAAGUACAGGGAAAAACUCAGUGAUUAUAAAACUCACUAAUAGACACUGUUGUUAUUAAAAUAACACUGAAUAUUGAUAUUGAGCUCAAUGUAAAGCGUGUUGAAUAGUUAGGCUUACGAUGUCCAUCGAGUGCGAGCGAGCACCCUCGGCGGGAACAACUUGUUACACUUGUCGCUGUAGCCUAGCUCUAGUGUAAGUACUCAAACGUUGAACGAAAUCAAUCACUAAUUAAUGAUUCAAUAAGCUAUUAUAAAGCUGUAGCUGUUAAUACAUUAUUAUACGCCUUCUGAGAUUACAGUGAUAACGUGAUGACGUGUCGACACGUUCUGUUUCGUCGAGACUGCACAUUUCCGAUCGGCUCGACCGUGCACACAGAGCAAUAAUAAUGCUAUCGGCUUGUUCGGCUGAGUGACAUUAUUUGAACUAGCGUUGAAAACUUUUUAUAUUACUGUAUAGAAUAAUUCUUCUUAGUGUAACUAAUAGAUAGGAAUCAGUUAUAAAUAUUUUUUAAAAGCGAUGUAUUGUUCAGUAGCGGUGCCAUUUGGUGUGACGUGUUUCAUGAGUAAGUCAUCCCGGGUCUGAUUGCGCCGGCGAGCGAGUGCCACUCCACUCUAUUUGCUAACACGAACGCAUCAGUCUAAAAUGUUUUCACUACACGUGUUUUUAUAUAGCAAUUAUUCUGUUAUGUUAAGUCAAUGCGUAAUUACAGUACAUUAUACAAAAUUAUUAUAGCAAGCUACAAAAAUGUUGAUAUAAUGGUUAUUCUUGAGACCAUUCCAUUAUAGAAUAAAGUGGAAGCCAAAAUGACGACUUAUUUUUCUAAACGAUUUUGUUAGAUUUGCAAUUAAAAGUAAUAAGAUAAAAUGUAGAUGUUUAUCGAUAUAUAAUAUUACAUAAUAAGACAUUCAGAUUUUCCAAAGAUCUAAGGCUCAACUAAAUUCUGUUAACUAGCUUACAUGAUUAUGACAUCUACUGUGUAUGUAUGAGAAAAACUUAAAGACACGAACAGGCAUUAUACAAGUGUAUUUAUUAACUUGCGAUAUUAUUUUUUAUAAAAUCAAAUGUGAUAUAAUUAUUUUAAUUUCUAGUGUUUAAUAUGAUUAUACUUUUUCUUUCAUGAUUAUGUUAAUCGAAUAUUUCUCAUAAGAAAUUAAUUAUGUAGCUAAUCUUGCAAGCUCGUGACACUUCCGUUGACUCACUAAGAAUCAAUAAUACUGUAUGUUUUUUCACCGUGCAAACUGCACCACAGACACUGCUAUUUUUCGCGUAGCGGCGAAAUCUAGAAUCAUCGUAUAAAUAAUAAUUUAAUAUAACUCACAAAGUAUUUUGAUAACAAGUGCGAGCAAACUGUUAAAAUGUUGACUUAAAAUAUUUUUCCAUGUUUACACUUACGGUGUACGUAAUAUGUACUAGUGUUUAAUAUACCCUAUUAUAAUAUCUGACCCUAACUAUACAUACAACGUGGUUGAAAGUUAUGAACUAACUAGAGUAGCCUACACAUUUGUUUUGUCGAUCGAUAAAAGAUCAUGGUCGAGUACCGAUCGACAAAAAUUAAGAACAUUUGUAUGCAUCGUAAAAUGACGAUCUUCAAUAAAAUAUCAACCACAACUUAAUCCAUGUAUGCGGUAGUGAUUUUAAAGCAAUUAUAUCGAUAAACAUUCUUUUAAAAUUAUGUCUGUAUAUAAUUUUAUUAUAAUGUAAAUUAUGGAAUCUCUCAUUUCCAAUAAUAUGGUUCAUAAAUUUUUGUGCUAUUACGAUUUAUAAUUGCUAAUCUUCAGUAAUCUGUAUACUGUUGCUUUUGUUUUAAACAUCAUGUAAAUUAUUAAUGACUUGUUGUAAUGAGUAUAUAUUGAUAGCUAUAAAAUUACUUGUUUUAUAUAAAGUAAGUCUGUAAAUAUCAUAAUUAUACAUUAAGUUUUAUACAA